AUGGAAAACUACACCUACAACAGCUUCACACUUCAGGUGGAGGGGUUAAAGGUUACACAGCAAUCAAUGUACCCUGUUUUUCUAUUUUUUCUUGUAUCCUAUCUUUUUAUCAUGUUUGCCAAUGUUGGCAUGUUGGUCAUUAUCUGCAUUGAAAGGAGCCUACACCAGCCUAUGUAUCUGCUUUUCUGUAAUCUGCCAGUCAAUGACAUCUUAGGAAUCUCCAUCAUGAUGCCGAGGAUGCUUGCAGACAUAUUGGUGCCUCCUUCUGAACGCUUCAUCAGUUACUAUGAGUGUGUGGUCCAAGCCUUUACCACACAUAUGUUUGCCACAGCCGCUCACACAGUUCUGAUGAUCAUGGCCUUUGACAGAUAUGUAGCUAUAUGUAACCCUUUGCGGUAUACUACUAUUAUGAACAACAAAAUGGUGAUCAAGCUGACUGCCUCUGCCUGGGGGGUGACCUUUGUGCUGGUAGCUGUUUUGCUUGGCCUCACCAUCAGACUGAACAGAUGCAGAACCUUGAUCAGAAAUCCUUACUGUGACAAUGCCUCACUGUUUAAACUCUCCUGCGAGAGUGUGUUAAUUAACAAUCUAUAUGGAUUCACAUUUAGUGUAGUGCUCUUGUCAUCUUCUAUAGGCAGUAUGGUCCUUACAUAUGCAAGUAUUGCAGCAGUCUGUCUGACUAGUAAGAACAAAGCUUUGAACAGUAAAGCUCUAAAGACUUGCAGCACUCAUCUCUUUGUAUACCUCAUCAUGCUUUUAAGUGGAAUCUUGAUUAUUAUUCUGCAUCGCUUCCCUCAGUAUGCAGACUCUAGAAAUGUUAUUAUAAUUCUAUAUAACAUCAUCCCUGGAAGCCUAAACCCCCUUAUCUAUGGAAUGCAGUCCAAAGAGAUCCGUUCAUUCUUGUCAAACCAGUUCCAUACUGGAAAGGUGUUUCCAUAAUUAUUUGGGGUUUCGAUUUUUAAGUGGCAGAUUUAUGGGCACAGAAUAUUUUCACCCAACUUUCAUGAAGACAAUUACGUGAAUGAAAACAACAAUAUUCAUGCAUCACAAAUAAUUAAUUGUGCAUACAAUAACAUAAUUGUUAUAAUGAGCUGUGAAAGCUAUUGAAGUAGCAUAUAGGUUAUCUUGUUCAUAAAUAUAAAAUAAAAUAUAAACCCAGCGAAAAUAAAGGUUACAAUAAACAACAAUGCAGCAAAAAUUUUUUUUUUUUUACACAUUUAAACACAACACACCUAGCCCAUGCGACUCCCAUCAGAAGUGCAUAACAGCAGUUUGCAAAUUAUUCACACGCCACUCUUUAUAACCCAAAGAAUCAAAAAACAUGAGCAUAAGAUAAGAUGGAUCAGAACUUUAUUUCAUCCCAUAUAUGAGAAUAAAAUAUUCAAUAAUAAAAAAAAGUAUCUAGCAAUACAAAAAAAAAAGAGCCUUUAAGGUCUUAAAGGAGGCAAACUGUAUUUUCCCCAGAAUCAUUCGAUUUUAGUGUGGCUGUAACUAAUCCAUUGAUUGGGCCCUUUUUCCGUGUUAUUUUUCUUAUGGGGCUUUCUGCUGUGUUAAAGGGGUGACUGAGUGGUAUAAUAGCCAUUGCUGUGAGUAGGUUAGUGUGAUUUCUGUUGAACAUUUUUGAUUUGGUUUGAGUUUGAUCGUGUAUACUGGUGGUUUAUUCAUAAUUUCUGUUUUUCGUGACGUUUUCAAAUUUGUACACAUAACUCUACACUAACCUCCCUGAUAUUGACGUCCAGCUCCAAAUUGUUAAUUGUGUAACUGUGUUUUUGUUUGUCCAUUGGACGUUGAUGUGAUUCCUGUCCUAACAGUACAAUUUACUCCAUACCUCCUUU